ACAAAAAAAAAAAACAUCUCAGAUUAACUUUAACACUAUCCCUGGUGCAAAAGGUAGCGCCUGCCUCUGAUGCGUCUCCCUUCAGUAGAUCCGUACAGGGAACCCACUCUCUCUCAUUCUCUGUCCUCUCAUUCUGGGAUCACUUUCUCCAGACUUUUGCUCUUUGAAAUCAAGCGUACCCUGAAGCACGGAUUGGGCCGUGUUUGCCAUUCUUGUCUUUGGCGGUUGUCCUGUGGAAUUGGACCAACACAGCACUCUGUGUGAGUGGAGGAUUUAGGAGGGUUUUUCUGGGCUGUCUCCCCCUCCCUUUUCUGCAUCCAAGAGCAGAGCCCCUCCGCUCUUGAGACUGUGUUGAUGGUACCCACUUGGAUGUGACUUAGAGCCUGAUGCACAGGUGACGUGCUGAACUUCCGUCCUAUGAAGGCAGGUGUUUAGGAUGGUCAGAACAGGCACUUUAGUCUCUCUGCUCCAGCUUUUCAGCACCCUUGCUCCCAGAGGAGCAUUUUCUCAGGAUACACUCUACCCCUUUGGACCAGCUCACAGGGAUUUAGAAACCCCUAAGAUGGAUGAUGGCAGCUCUCCAGAAAUUCAACUUCUAAUUCCAUUCAUAUUCUUCAAUUUGCCCUAUAGGUCCCUUUAUGUCAACAACAAUGGAGUGAUCUCCUUCAGCAUUCAGGUGAGUCAAUUCACUCCAGAGGCUUUCCCCCUCAGUGACAGUCGUUCCUUCAUUGCCCCUUUAUGGGCUGACGUGCAUAAUGGUAUACGUGGAGAUGUGUACUACCGUGAGAGCACAGACCCAGAGAUCCUGGAGAGGGCCAAUCAGGAUGUCAGAAAGUAUUUCAAGAAUAUGGUAUCGUUCACUGCCACCUGGGUCUUUAUUGCUACCUGGAAUCAGGUCACUUUCUACGGAGGCAGCCAAACAACACCGGUAAAUACAUUUCAGGCAGUUUUAAUCUCAGAUGGCCAAGCUUAUUUUGCUAUGUUUAACUAUGGAGAGAUCAGCUGGAGCACAGGCACGGCUAGUGGAGGAGACCCUCUUACAGGCUUGGGAGGAACCACAGCACAGGCAGGUUUCAAUGGUGGAGAUGUCAGCCAUUUCUUCAACCUUCCUGGAUCACGCUCGAACGAAGUGGUCAACAUUGAACAGACCACUAAUGUCAAUGUGCCCGGACGGUGGUUCUUCCGCAUUGAUGGCGAACAGAUAGACCCAGCAAAUGGCUGCAGCUACACUGGUCGGUUUUUCCGGCGUGGGGAGGUUUUCUGGCUAUCAGACCAAUGCACUCAACGAUGUAGGUGUCUUGAUCUGGAUAAUGAGGUCAUCUGCCAGGAAACUCCAUGUGGUCAGCUAGAAACCUGUGAACAAGUGGAGGGGGCUUAUUACUGCCAGCCUACCCGUACUAGCACCUGUGUGGUGUUUGGAGACCCCCACUACCACACUUUCGAUGGAUUUCUGUAUCACUUCCAGGGUACUUGCUCAUACCUUUUGGCUCGUCCAUGCUGGGAAAUGCCUGGUUUGCCCUUCUUCAGUGUGGAGGCCAAGAAUGAAAACCGUGGUGUGACGACUGUGUCCUGGCUAAGGGAUGUGACUGUAGAGGUUUACAACCACCGUGUCACACUACCCAAAGGGACUCUGGGAACUGUGCAGGUGGAUGGCCUGAUAAAGACUCUCCCUGUUCAACUUCAACUAGGUGCAGUCAAGGUAUACCAAUCUGGUGUUGCUGUCGCUUUGGAAACAGACUUUGGUCUCUUGGUGACCUAUGACGGAUUGCACUACGCCUCAAUCUCCCUCCCCAGCUCUUAUUUCAACAACACUUGCGGUCUAUGUGGUAACUACAACGAUGACCCCGCCGACGACCCCGUGUUGCCAGAUGGCUCGCUGGCAGAGAGCGUAGUGGAACUAGGUGGUAGCUGGCGAGCCGAGGACACAGAUUUUCGUUGUACAGAUGGCUGUGCCCAGAACUGUAGCUUGUGUGAACCGGCAGCGGAAGCAUUCUAUUUUCGCUCAGACUACUGCGGGCUGAUCAAUAAAACUGACGGGCCAUUCAGAGACUGUAGGGCUGUGGUAGACCCUACAGCAUUUGUGUACAGCUGUGUUUAUGAUAUGUGCAGCAAUCGUGAUAACAUCACCACCCUUUGUCAGGCUAUACAGGCAUAUGCACUUGCAUGCCAGGCCCUGGGAGUCACUAUACGAGCCUGGAGAUCACGCACGUUCUGUGCAUUGACCUGUCCUGAGAACAGCCACUACCAAGUCUGCACGAGUGCAUGUCCUGCCUCCUGCUCCGACCUGACGUCUUACCUCUACUGUACCCAUCCAUGCACUGAGGGCUGCCAGUGUAACCAGGGCUAUGUGCUGAGUGGUAGCCGCUGUGUACGCCGGUCUGAGUGUGGAUGUGAACGUGAUGGCCUGUACUAUGCCCUAAAUGAGACCUUCUGGGCAGGGGAAGGGGGCGAGGUGGGUGAAGAAUGCACCCAGCGUUGUGUGUGUGGCCUGGCAGGUGAAGUGACUUGCUUCAAUGACUCUUGUGGGGAAGGCGAGGUGUGUGCAGCAGAAGUCGGCCUGUUGGGGUGUUACCCUCGUCGUGAAGCAGUCUGUUUGCUAUCUCAGUCUCAAAUACUGGCCACGUUUGAUGGGUCCACAAUGCCAUUCCCUGAUGAGAGCUCAUUCUACCUGGUGAAGACUUUAGGACGCUUGCCUGCAAAUGUUACAUCAGUGGAGGUGAAGAUUGGGAGGAAGUUGGUGAAUAAGGGCCCAACAUGGCUAAGGCCAGUGGUCGUUAGGGUUGGACAUUUGGAAGCACAAAUAGGUGGCUCGGAUUUCGACUUGAUUAAGGUCAAUGGUGAACCAGCAAUUCUUCCUUAUGUUCAUCCAGUGGAGCCUCUCAUAAUAUACCGGUCCUCUGGUAAUAUCACAGUGAUUGAGUGGAGCGGUUUAGUCCGCUCCCGAUAUUCACGUCAAGGCCUGAUAAACAUCACUCUUUCUACUCUCUUUUACAACACCACCUGUGGUCUCUGUGGUUUCUUCAAUGGAGAUCCAAUUGACGACCUCCGGCUUCCUAGUGGAAGGCAGGCCGAUACAGCUGACCAGUUUAUUGAAGGCUGGAGAGCCAUUGCAGAUGAUCUGACAUGCAAUGGCGAUUGUGAGGACUUGUAUCGGAUGUGUACAGAUUUAAGGCUGUACCAGAGCCCAUGGCUGUGUGGAAACAUAAACGACCUGGUAAACAGCUCAUUCCUGGCUUGCCACACGGCUGUUAAUCCUUCUCCUUUCUUCAGGAACUGCCUCUACAACAUGUGUGUACGGGAGGGAAACCGUUCUGCCCUGUGUAACUCCCUCCAGGCAUAUGCUUCAGCUUGCCAGGAUGCUCAGAUCAACCUGGGAGCCUGGAGGAGUGCUACCAACUGCCCUCUACCCUGUCCAGAAAACAGUCAUUUCGAUGAGUGUACAUCUGCAUGCCCUCUCACUUGCUCUAACCUGGACGAUCCAGAGGAGCCGUGCCCUCUAACCUGCUCCGAGGGCUGCCAGUGUGAAGAGGGCUUUGCCCUCCGUGAUGGCACCUGUGUGUUACGUAGUGACUGUGGCUGCUUCUACCUGGGUCGCCAGCUGGCCACCAAUGAGACAUUCUGGACUGACUGGGAAUGCCAGGAGCGCUGCUACUGUAAUGGCUCAGACAACAGUGUCUACUGCACCUUCUCACCCUGUCACCCAGAGGAGUACUGCCAGGAGAAUGAAGGCCUAUUUUUCUGCCAGCCAAGGACUGAGGCCAUGUGUGUUGUUGCUGGAUAUGGCCACUUUUUGCCUUUUGGAGGUGUACCUUUUGACCUACAGAGCAGCUGUACUCUUCGUCUGGCCACUACUGAGUGUGGAGAAGGGGAUGAGGAUGGGUUUGGUGGACUAGACAGUGCAGAGACAGUUCUGGGAGGCCUGCCCAUGUUUCAGUUUUCAGUGCGGAAUGAAGAGAGAGACACAAGUCAAGCUAUAUGGGUGCGUGGAUUUGUUUUGGAGGUCUAUGGAUAUGAAAUUGAGGUAUCCCGAAGCUUCAAACACACAGUCAUGGUGAAUAAAGAGCGCAUGUAUCUGCCUAUAAAACUCGGUCCAGGGAAAGUGAACAUCUACACCCUUGGUCUGCAGUUACUUGUGGAGACAGACUUUGGACUGAAGGUGGCUUUUGAUUGGAAUACUCUACUGCUCCUCACUCUUCCUCGCAGUCUCUUUAAUGCCACCUGUGGGCUCUGCCAAGGAAUGCCCAUUUCUGGUUCCACUCUAAGUGUCAGCGAAUGGGGCAUGGCAUGGGCAGAACGUGACACCUUCUGCCAAGUGGGUUGCGGGGAUUCUUGCCCCCGCUGUGGAUUGGUUGAGAGGGACCUGGCUGCUGAGGUCCCCGCCCAAGUAACGGAUGUUGUUGGUAACACUGACAUGGAUAACGGUAGCCCAGGAAACCGUUUUCAUCUUGCGGAAGGGUUGUAUGUUUAUGUCGAACCUGAGGCGGUGAGAUUAUGUGGACUUAUUAUAGACCGUGGAGGUGUGUUUGCACGCUGUCACAGCAAAGUGGCACCAGCCUACUUCUAUCAGAGCUGUCUGCAGGAUACAUGUUUGGAUCAAGGUGCGAGAGAGACCAUCUGCAAUUGGCUACAGAUUUAUGCCAGUACCUGUCAGACACAAGGAGUAUCUGUCACUGACUGGAGAAAUUCCACACCCUGUGUGCUGUCGUGCCCUGUGAACAGUCACUAUUCCAGCUGUGUGAUGGUGUGCCAGCCGCAAUGUGCCCCUGCACGUGGACAGAGAGACUGUAACCAGUACUGUGUUGAAGGGUGCCAGUGUGACCAGGGCUAUGUCCUUAAUGGCAAGAGCUGUAUCCUCAGUCAGAACUGUGGAUGCUACACGGAUGGGAAAUACUAUGAGCCUAAGCAAUUGUUCUGGAACAGUGACUGCACUAAACGCUGUCAGUGCAUUGGACGGAAUCUGAUUCAGUGUGACCCAAGGCGAUGUAAAUCAGAAGAGGAAUGCGUUCUACGUCAUGGUGUGCGAGGAUGCUUUGCCCGACGUAACCAGCUCUGUGUGGCAUCAGGGGGUGGCGUCUUCCGCACUUUCGAUGGUGCCUCUCUUCGUUUACCUGCCUCAUGUUCCUUUGUUCUUUCAACUAUCUGUCACAAGCUGCCCGAGUUAUCUUUUCAGCUCAUUGCCAAUUUCGACAAGUGGAGUACACCCAACCUAACCACCAUCUCCCAUGCUUACCUCUACAUCAACGAGGAGAACAUUCUCAUCUCGGGAAACACGGUCAAGGUAAAUGGUACGCCCGUGUCCGUACCUUUUGUCACAGGUCUAAUGACACGAGUAUCCACAUCAGAAGGAUUCCUGGUGAUUGACACUCCUCAGGACAUCCAAGUGCGUUAUAACCGAUUCAACACCCUCAGCAUCAUGAUGGGCCCACGGCUGCAGAACAAGGUGUGUGGACUGUGUGGGAACUUUAAUGGGGAUCCUAAUGAUGAUUACAUCACCUCUCGUGGAAAACCUGCCGUCAGCUCACUGGAGCUCGCUCAGAGCUGGAAAACCAACGGCAUGCAGAACAGUUGUGAUGAGACACAGUAUGUGGCCCUGGCACAGUCCUGUGAUAAUACAGCAGUGGCAGAGCUGCAGGGGGAGAACAACUGUCUGAAACUCACAGAUUUGAAAGGUUUCUUCCAGCCCUGCCACGGCCUGCUGGACCCUCACCCCUUCUACCAGUCCUGCUACAUGGACGGCUGCUACAACCACCGCAAGGCCCAGGUGUGCGGCUCUAUGGCAGCCUACGCUGAGGCCUGCCGCUCUUUCGGCACACUUACCACCAAAUGGAUUGCCCUGGAAAACUGCUCAGAAUGGAUCUAUGACCCCUGUUCAGGAGAGAUCUGCUCUAACAACACAUGCGAGCAGGAGAAUGGAGGAGAUCUUUGUGGCUGCCCUGAGCUCCCUAGCACUGAAAUUAGUGAGGAUGACAUUAUCCAGGCAGAGGUCACCUGUAAACAUGCUCAGAUGGAGGUCUCAAUCUCUAAGUGCCGUCUGUUCCAGUUGGGCUUUGAGAGGGAGGAUGUACGAAUUAACGACCAUCACUGCGCUGGUAUCGAGGGAGAGGAUUUCAUCUCUUUCCAUAUCAACAAUACCAAGGGACAUUGUGGCUCUAUUGUACAGUCAAAUGGAACACACAUUAUGUACAAGAACACGGUGUGGAUCGAGAGUGUGAACAACACAGGGAAUGUAGUAACACGUGAUAAGACGAUCAAUGUGGAGUUUUCUUGUGCCUAUGAACUGGACAUCAAGAUAUCUCUGGAGACAGUACUGAAGCCAAUGCUCAGUGUAAUAAACCUCACACUGCCUACCCAAGAGGGCAACUUCAUCACAAAAAUGGCCCUGUAUAAGAACGCCUCAUACCGAAAUCCGUACCGCGAGGGAGAGGUUGUGCUGAGCACCAGGGAUGUUCUGUUUGUGGGGGUGUUUGUGGAAGGAGCAGACGAUAAACAGCUUAUUCUCAUUGUUAACAUGUGCUGGGCUACACCAUCUCGUUACAGCAGUGAUCGCCUUCGUUACAUUAUAAUAGAGAGAGGGUGCCCUAACAUCAAGGAUAACACUAUAGGCAUGGCUGAGAAUGGCGUGUCCCUCACCUGCCGAUUCCACGUCACCGUCUUUAAGUUUAUUGGUGAUUAUGAUGAGGUGCAUUUGCACUGUGACGUGUCUCUGUGUGACUCAGAGACAAACACCUGCAAAGUGAAUUGCCCUCAUAACAAGAGAAGUUAUACAGAUUACAGUCAGCAUAAAGAACAGAUCCUGUCAGUGGGACCAAUCAGAAGAAGGGAUUCAGACUGGUGUGAAGAGAAUAAUGGUGGCUGUGAGCAGAUCUGCACUAGUCAAGUAACAGGCGCAGUGUGCAGCUGUGUGACAGGAAUGCUGCAAAGAGAUGGGAAGAGCUGCCGAGUCACCAGUAUGAGUACUGACCGUCAACCCCUGCUUCUUCUGACAGCUGCUGUUGUAAGCAUUAACAUCUUACUGCAAACACACACCUCAAUUUUCUUCUCUUAACACCCACCAAACAAGACCAAGGGAGAGAGAGGCGUAUACAGACAAAAGGGAGAAGCAAAACAGCCAGUGAGGGGUUAUGCAUGUGAUGCAUCAGCAACCCUGCGGUGAAGACCACCUCUGAGCAGUUCCCUUCAUCGAAGUGAAAACUGUGAUCAAAUACAACCAAGUGAUCCUUCAUCAGCUGGAUAUCUCAGACAUAAAACAACGUGCCUCGGUCCAACAUAAAUACAUGACACCCUUCAGACCCUGAAAGAAUCCAACUCUUUUCUUUGGCACAACAUCUAACCCCAGAAACCAAAAAAAAAGGAAACUGUCACUUUGAAACGUAGUGAUAGAGAGACAGCUACUGAAUAUUUCACAGCCACUAAUGACAGAUUAGCAAGUAUUACUUAUUAGAUGAGAAUCACUGAAGAGUGAGAGCACAUAUUGCAAGAAUGGAUGAUAAUUCUCAACACGUUAUGAUGUUUGUUUGUUUUUUAUUUAGUUGAUUUGAUGAAAUGCAUAUCCUCUCCUGCUCUUAAUUCUCAAUAUGCCAUUUUGUUUGGUAUUUAAACCCCUUUUUGCCAUAUUGAAGUAAUGCUGAGAUCAAAAUGCCAAUCAACAUUUGCAUUGCUUUGUAUUUGAUUCCUUUGGAUAAAUGAGUGAAUGGCGUUUGGUACCAAAACACAAAUGUUCUUGAGUAGCCAACUUUUAAAGCAUCAUUUAUUUAAGCUGUAUAUAGUAGGCCAUAUUUGAUGGAUGUGAACACUUUUGUCCUGUACAAUAAAUACUCAAUGUACUGUAUGAAUCACUGACAUAAAGUGAAUUUAAGAGUCAUCUACUCCAUUUGCAAUUUAGUCUGACAAUAUCAACUAUACUUGACUUGAAUUGAAGAUGAUGGUGGUGGUGGUGGUGGUGGUGGUGGUGAUGAUAUUAAAGAAAGAUUCAAUGGUUGUUUCUAAUCACUUCACCACAGCUGAAAUAUACUGCAUUUCCUGUAGGUUUUGUACAGCCAUAACACCAUGGCAACUUAUGUAGUCAGCUGUAGUCACUUACUGUAUGUAGUCAAGUGACCAAACCCUUUGAUGUCCAUACUUACUGUAACAAUGUUUUCUUAUUCUAUGGGUUGUGUGUUUGUUUUUAAUCUGAUAUGAUUUAUUUGAGAAUAAAGUGAGCAAUUCA